AUGUCUGCCGGUUCGCCUCCUUCCGAUGGCAGCGAUGUAGCCGCGCAAACAAUUACUCGCCCUAGUGAAAAGGCCCCCGCCGAUGUUGUGGGCUACUCAGCAGAAGAGUCUGAGAAACCAAAAGAUUUCCCAUGGACUUGGAAACUCACGGCCCUGGCCUGCGGUAUUGCCCUCUCUUGGGGUUCAUCCUUUUCAGAAAACACACUUGGUCCACUCAAAAGCACGCUGAUAAAAGAAUUGGAUAUCACAAACUCUCAAUAUGGAGCCAUCUCUUCGGCUACGUCUCUUGUGAAUACCAUCCUUCCCAUUGUGGGUGGAUAUGCUCUGGACUUUUAUGGAGUAGAGUGGGGAUCAUUGGCAUGCUCCAUUGCAAUCUUCAUCGGUGCUUCAAUAUCGGCCGCCGGAUCGAACCAGGAUUCCUUCACUCUAGUCGUCACUGGGCGAAUUAUUAUGGGCUUUGGUAGUACCGUCAUCGAAACUUGUACAUCCAAGGCAAGUCUAACCUAUUGGGAGGCAUCAAAGUUGCAUAUCUUGGCCCACUGGUUCCAGCAUAGAGGAUUGGGUUUGGUGUACGGUCUGGAUGUUUCAAUUGGAAAACUCAUCGUGUUGCUUGCCAAGGCUACCGCUGUCCCGAUGCGAGAUGCUACCUCGUUCUGGGGCUGGGCAUUGUGGAUUCCGGCAAUUGUCUGCUUUGCAAACCUGCUGCAGAACAUCUUCUACGUGUGGUGGGCCCGAACACGACCAGCAUGGGCUCACAUACCCACUGGUCAACAGCUGCGCACCAAAUCAAAGCAAUUCAACAGCACUCAGGCGAGGAACAACGACGUGAGCACCGUGGUGACCGCUGGCACUACCCGCAGAUUCAACAUCAGGAGCAUUUGGAGAGCCAUCAACCGUGUUCCGCGUUUCUUCUGGCUCGUGGCAUGUACUCAGAUCCUACAAGCUGGCGUCGUCGGUAGCUUCAACGGCCUCAACGCCGACAUCAUCACCGUGACUCGGGGGUCCACGGCGCAGAUUGCCGGCUAUACAUCGGCUUUACAGCAGGUUAUUCCCAUCAUCUGCACACCCUUGAUUGGCUUGUUCUUUGAUACCUUUGGAUUCAGAAUGAUGGUUGUCAGUUUCACUUCUGCCAUCUGGAUCCUAGUGUACUGCCUCAUUGGGUUUACUGAGACUAAUGCACUGGGCACCAUGAUCAUUGCUUCCCUCGGAUCGGCUUUCAACGCCAUCCCAUUCCUGGUGUCGAUUCCUUUGAUGGUGCCAUCUCAGGUCGAACUCGGACUGGUUUUUGGAAUUUGGAAAGCCUUCAAUAACAGUAGCAGUGUUAUCGUUGAUAUGAUUGCCGGACGGCUCCAAGACAUAACACCCGGAGGCACAUAUGAGCGCGUUAUUGCGUUUUUCGUCGCAGUAAAGGGCCUAGAGUUUUGUCUGGGAAUGUUUUAUGGCAUUCUGGACAGGAGAUUCCUCUCGGGUGUGCUCACCAUGAGUGAAAAGAAGCGCAUGAACGCCGAGGCGAAUAACGAACUUGGUGAUCCCGUUGGACGAAAGCCUUCAGCGAAAUUCACGCUAGUGGGAAUCGUCUUGCUUUGCUCUACAAUCAUUGUUGCUUGGGUUUUGUUCAUUAAAUACUCGAUAUAA